CAGGGCUACAACAUCAUCUCGGUGCUGAGCCUGGAGAUCGCCCCCAUCAUGGAGCUGCUGGCCUCCAUGAAGUCUCACUGCGUGGCUGAGGAAAUAGACAUUAGAGACACCGUGCUGAAUGAUGACGACAUCGGGGACAGCUGCCAUGAGGGCUUCCUGCACAAAGCCAUCAGCUCCCAUCUGCAGACGUGCGGCUGCUCCGUCGUGGUCGGAAGCAACCCAGAGAAAGUAAACAAGAUCGUCCGGACGCUCUGCCUGUUCUUGACUCCAGCUGAGAGGAAGUGUUCCCGCCUCUGCCGGGCCGGCUCCUCCUUCAAGUACGACACGGGUCUGUUCGUCCAGGGACUCCUGAAGGACUCCACGGGCAGCUUCGUGCUGCCGUUCCGCCAGGUGCUGUACGCGCCGUACCCGACCACGCACAUCGACGUGGACAUCAACACCGUGAAGCAGAUGCCGCCGUGCCACGAACACACCUUCAACCAGCGGCGCUACAUGCGCUCCGAGCUCAACGCGCUGUGGAAGACGGACAGCGAGGACGACAUCCCGCCGGAMACCGUGAUCCACACGGACGAGACCUUCACCCCGGACCUGAACGUCUUCCAGGAUGUCCUGCAUGCCGACACGUUGGUCAGAUCCUUCAUAGACGAGGUGUUCCUGCUGAAGCCCGGCCUGACCCUCAGGAGCUCCUACCUGGCCCACUUCCUGCUGCUGCUGCACCGCAAGGCGCUCACGCUGCUCAAGUACAUCGAGGACGACACGCAGAAGGGGAAGAAGCCGUUCCGGGCCCUCCGGAACCUGAAGGCGGACCUGGACCUGAAGGCCGACGGGGACCUGAACAUCGUCAUGGCGAUGGCCGAGAAGCUGAGGGCGGGGCUUCACUCCUUCGUGUUCGGGAAGCCGUUCUUCACCAGCGUGCAGGAGAGAGACGUGCUCAUGGGCUUCUGACCCACCCGGCUCAGAACCGGGUCCAGAACCGGGUCCAGAACCAGGUCCAGAACCGGGUCCAGAACCGGGCUCAGAACCGGGUCCAG